UAAAGAAAUAAAAUUGAUAUUCAUUUUUAGCUAACAAAUUCAAUGAAAAUAGUAUAUAAUUGUGAAUAUAAUUAUUACUUGUAUAAUUCAUGUAUCAUACAACUUGAUAAGUACAUAUACAUUUUUCAACUAUUAUUUUUAAAAAAUACCUAAUACACCAAUAUUCUUCACAUUUUUACAUACGUAUUAUCUCGCUAUAGAAAACAUUAUGUGUGCUCGUGCGCGCGUUAUCUAUAGUACUAUAGUUAUUCGAGGACCAGUUUUAAAAAAGAAAACAGUAUGGAACGCUUAUUCCUAUUUCUAACGAUACAAGUUGUGUCGUCUAUUGCCAAAUUUAGAAUAUGCUGUCAAAACAUUUAAUUUCAUAUUAUUGCAACAAUCUUCAAUCGUUUCAACUUAUGUUACGCUUGUUAUUUGCAAAUAUCCGGUACGCAAUAUUUACAUUGAAAAAUUAGUCAACGAUUACUUUUAUAUUUAAUUGAGACAAUUUAUUAUUUUCUUACGCAAUAAGUAAAUGGGACUUUUGAUGAGUAUCAGCUGUUCUAGUAAAUAAAGGACUGUGUUUCGAUAUGGACAUCGACGAGAGUGUUACACAGGAAAAUCAGGAAAAUACAAAUGGAGAUGCGAUUAAAUUGGAAGAAAGAAACAAUCGUUUGUCCGAAAGCUCCGAAAGAAAUGAGGACUGGUAUUAUAUGCCGGAUUCCAUACUCUUGAAUAUUUUUCAAUAUCUAACGCCAAGGGAGUUGACAAUCGCUGGAGAAGUAUGCAAAUCAUGGCACAGAGUUUCGCGCGACGAAUUUCUUUGGAAAGAUCUGCUCUAUCAGACAUAUAAAAUAGAUCCAGACAUCGGCAUUAUGCCAGGGAAAACAUCUUGGUUAGGAGAAUUUAAACGUUUAACGUAUCAUACACCACUCUUAGAAACAGAGGUACUUAAAGAACAUUCUCACCAAGUCUUACAUGUUAGCUUCUCGCAUAAUGGAAAGAUGUUUGCCACUUGUUCAAAAGAUGGAUACAUCUUCGUUUGGAAAAGUCAAUAUCCUGUCAGUGUAAAGUACCUUCAUGAUAUGAAAACAUUUAGUUGGAAAUAUACACAGUUUUCACAAUUCAAUUCUUCAGAUACUUUGUUACUUGUUUCUGGUGUACACUUUGGAACACCUCUGAGCACUUCGGGUGAAAUAGCAGUAUUUAGAUUAGCACCUGGCUUUGGUCUUCAGUGUAGAGUAAUAAAUAAACCUUAUGACAUAUUUGGAACAUGGUACAGUGAACAUUACCUUUUAAGUGGAAAUUUAUGCUGGUUGGCACAUUUAGUUAGUACUAGUCUCCUAUGGCUUAAUAAGGCAAAUCAAGAGACAUCUAGUGAACAUGUGCCUAUUAUGACACAACUGUUUAGAUUUUACAAUGGUAAUGCUUCAUCAGUUCGAGCAAUAAUGGUAGCUAAUUGUUUAACACCUGAACAAACUGAAUCUAAAGAGCAAGAAAAUCAGCCUUCAUCUUCCAAUGUUAAAGAAGAAAGGGGAAAUCCACCAAGCCAUAAAGAUAUUUCAUCUACAUCUUCUAGUGACAAUUUAGAAGAAGAACCAGUUGUCCUUCGUCAUGCAUCAUCCAGAUUACAAUAUAGUACAUUGGAAGGUGGAUUUAUGAAUUGGAAGAAACUUGGUGAUGGUUUUGAAUAUGCUAAUCCUAUACAAUAUAAUCAGGAAUAUAGACAAGUAGAAAUGGAGAAAAAAGCACAGGAAAAUGAUAAAGAAAGCGACAAUUCUCAGUGGGACGAAGAGAAUGAAUCUGGAGAAUCGUCUAAUACGGAAGAAGGUGAUAAUGACGAGUUAUCAAAUAAUUGUGAAAAAUAUCUUAUUUUUACAACUGGAUCCAAAACUUACACACCGCAUCAAGUGGGUUUCAAGAGAAUAAAAAAUUUAAAGUUUCCUACACGAUUAGAUCCAGGACCGUCAUUGCGUGAAAGAAUAGCACAAAGAGAAAGAGAACGAGAAAGACAGAAUUCUUACGCAUUUUUUACCAAUUGGUUGAAUUAUGAAUCUGUAGCUGAUCAAUUUGAUAAAGUAGAUCACUUAAUUGAUUUGCAUGGACACAUUAUAGGAAUGGGACUUUCUCCAGAUCAUAGAUAUUUGUAUGUAAAUACAAGACCAUGGCCACGAGGUUAUGUUAUUACAAAUCCAUUACAACCUCCUCCAAUAGCUCAAGAAAUCGAUAUACACGUAAUUGAUUUAGUAACAUUAAAACAAGUUGGUACCAUGCUAAGAGCUCAUAAGGCAUAUACACCAAACAAUGAAUGUUUCUUUAUUUUUCUUGAUGUGUGCAAUGAAUAUGUAGCAAGCGGUGCGGAAGAUAAACAUGGCUAUCUCUGGGAUAGACAUUAUGGAGUAUGUUUAGCCAAGUUUCCUCAUUCUGAUGUUGUUAAUUCUGUUGCUUUCAACCCACGUGAUCCUGAAAUGUUAGUUACAACUAGUGAUGAUUAUACUGUUAAAGUUUGGCGUAGUCGAGCUGUAGUUCGUUCACUGGGACUAAACGAAGAUUCUUUUCGUAGAGGUAUGGAAGUACGUAAUAGGCGAAAGUUUCGAAAAAGUAGUUGUAACGUUGAUUGACUAAAGACUAUUAAGUUUCCAAUUUAAAUUUCUGUUUAGAGUUUUAAAAGAUACAUCAAAUUACAUUACUUCUAUCUUCUAUUUCAAUUUGUAAUAUAUUAAUAUCUCUAUAUGAAUUUACAAAUUCUAUUUUCAAUGAAAUUAGGAUAAAGAACAUGAAUGGUUACAUAUUUACAAAUAUGAUCUAUAGAUGUUUAUAUAUUGUUUUAACAAUUAAGCUAUAUAAUAUACAAUAUUGCACAUAUUUUAUUUAUACGACAUUACAUAUUUUUAAUAACUGAAGAAAGUUUUAUUUCUCUUUUACAAUGGCGUUUAUUGAAAUUGAAAUAUUUAUAAUUUGUCUAAUAAGAAAAUCGAAAGCUGCUAGGUAUUACGGAGGAUCUGUUUGUGUGAUUUUACUGUUUUUCAGUUUCUAUCUAACUCCGUAUGUACUUAAGGAUAAAUUACCUUCAGAGAUAGGUUGUAUAUUUUUAAACAUUUACAAAGUAUGAGAGUAAGACUCUUCUAAACUUUCAUGACAUAUUUUAAUUGACAAUAUUUCGUGUUUAAAUAAUUUUCUGACUGAUAUCUUUAAAUUAAUUUAGAAUAAGCUUUGAUGGUACACAAGUGUUUAAUAUGUAUAAUUAGCAAUUGCUAACACUGUUUUCAUUAAAAAGUAACACAAAAUUAAAUGUUACAAUAGUUUCGUGUCUAUAAAAAAA